CCCGCCAUGGAAAACCCGACAGCGGACGGAACCGUUAAUCCCGUUUUCGGUACACGCAAACGACAAUGGAUCGAUAUCAUCGUCUUCCGACUCCUUUCCCCCAAUUAGUUCGAUUUAGGGUUUCCUGCAAAAUUUCCAUGAAAUAAUGGGAGGCCAUGGCGCUGUAGAGGUGGCCAAGACGGUUCUAGAGGUCGCCGACGUGGCAUGGGCCGCCGCGGAACGUUGCCACCACUUCCACCACAACGGAACCCACGAUAACCAAGAGAAGUCAGAGGAGGCGAAAGACAAAGAAUUGGAAUCUCUAAAAUCCGAAAAUCGCCGCCUCAGAAACCUUCUCGGACAAAACCUCAAGCUCCUCCACAAUAUAUCUGAACCUCCUACCGUCUUAAACAACUGCCCACCGGAACUGUAUGCCCGUCUAGUAGCUACCGUUGAUUCUAAAGACUUCUUGAUUCGACUCAAAUCUCUCCACGAAGCUAAGACUAAGUUGGAGUUUCCAUUCAAGGAGGCUACAGGAGAUAUGCAUUCUGCUGAAAUUUUGGUUAAUGUUGACCAUGAAGAACCCAGUUGGUGGGUGUGGGUCACGGAUGAAAUGGUUCCGAGCAAUGUUGAAGAGUGGAGUGGGAUUGAUGAUGAGAAUUAUAUCAUUGUCAGUGAGGAACAUGUAGUCGAUGGGGUAGCCAAUUUUAUGGCUAAAUGCAUUUUCUCCAACCCUAAAGCUCAGAAUUUGACACCAGAAGAGUUGCAGAAAACUCUUGUAAAAGCAUUGGGUAGUAUUGGCAAAAUGGAUAAGAUCAUGAAUAUUUGGAAUGCUGGCAAGACAUUCUACAUGCUAUCAACCUGGGGCCUUGCAUUGGCUGGGUUGUACAGGAGCCGUGCUAUAUUGAAACUUGCUGCAGUGGGCAUCCACACAACCAGCAAAGUUGUUCUACGGGCUUUAUAAGGUAUUUGCUCAAUGAAAGUUGAAAACAUCUGUUGCCAAACCAUAUUAACGCCUGGAUUUCUUUCUCCCGUGUCAGUUAUUAGUUGAUUGUAUAAAUAUUGUAAAUAUAUUUCUCAUUUAUACGAAGCAUGAUUUCAUGGCCCCAUGCAAACUGAGCGAACCUGUUGAAUUUCUUUGAGGCUAACAAAGAUAUAAAUAAAUCUAAUUCUGCCCU